GCUCUGACCUGAGGGUGGUGCUGGUGGGUCAGGAGAGAGUGGGGAAGAGCUCAGCAGGAAACACCAUCCUGGGAAAGAAGGAGUUUAACUGUAGGAUCAGUUUGAGCCCUCUGACUUUGAGCAGUGAGAAGAAACAAGUUGAUAUUGACGAUCAUAGAGUCUCUGUGGUCGACACCCCCGGACUCUUCAGCACUCGGCUAUCUGCAGACGAGGUGAAAGCAGAGCUGGAAAAAGCUCUCCAGCUAAGCUCUCCAGGUCCUCACGUCUUCAUCCUCGUCCUCCAGCUCGGAAGAUUCACUCCACAGGAGCAGGAAGGACUGAAAGCUCUGCAGAAGAUGCUUAGCGCUAAUGUCUCCAAACACACCAUGUUGCUUUUCACCUACGGAGACCGACUGGAAGACACCGACAUGGACAUUGAGAUGUUCACCAGAGAGGACAGAAACAUCCAGCAGCUCCUGCAAAGCUGCAGCGGUGUGUACCACGUAUUCAACAACAAGAUGGAAAACAGGGAUCAGGUCAAAGAGCUGUUGCAGAAGAUUGAUAAAAUCUGCGACAGCGGACAGUCAUACUAUGGGAGAAGGCCUCA